GAGGGAGGCGCGUAGUGCGCCGGCGCGUAGUCGGGGACGCCAGGCCUCGGCUUUUGCUGGGGAACCGACUGUUGUCGCCCCGCCCCCUCGGGGCUUUUUGUCCCGUUAACUGUCGGAGUGGAGGGGCCUCCAGCGCCCGGAGCCAUGCCGGUGCGCUUCAAGGGACUGAGUGAAUACCAGAGAAACUUUCUGUGGAAAAAGUCAUAUUUGACAGAUUCCUAUAAUGCCUCGGUGGGACGAAGAUACCCAUGGGCUGGACUUAGAUCAGAUCAACUAGGGAUCACCAAAGAGCCAAGUUUUAUUUCCAAAAGAAGAGUCCCUUACCAUGACACACAGGUUUCAAAAUCUCUGGAGUGGAAUGGAGCUAUCUCAAAGAAUGAUGUGAUUGUAUCACCAGAACCUAAAGUCCCAGAAAUACCAAAAUCACAAGAGAUGAAACAAAACAAUGUAAACCAAGAAAAAGUUCUCUCACUAGAGGGCUCCAGGGUUCCCAAGAGAACCAGAUCUCAUUCUGCAGACUCCAGAUCUGAAGGAGCUUCAUGUGCUGUGGAAAAGAACGAGGAUGUAAUAGCAAACCAUGUACCGGUUAAUGAAAAUGUGGAACUGGAACAUUCUACCAAGCUUCUUUCCGAAAAUGUAGAUGAUGGGGUGGAUAGACUUCUAUGUAAGAAAGCUGGAUUGACAGUUGUUCCUUCACAUAAUGCCUUGAGAAAUUCUGAAUAUCAAAGGCAGUUUGUUUGGAAGACCUCUAAAGAAACUGUUCCAGUGUUUGCAGCCAAUGAGGUUUUCCACAAUAAAGCCCAAUUUGUUCCACAAUUCAAAGGUAAUUCAAUUGUCCAUGAAACUGAAUACAAAAGAAAUUUCAAAGGUUUAUCUCCAGUGAAAGAACCAAAAUUAAGAAAUGAUUUGAAAGAAAACGAAAAUCUUGAAACAGUAUCUCCUGAAAAGAAGUGUAAUAAAACAGAUGAUCUUUUAAAAUUAGAAGCAGAGAUGGCAUCGAAGGACUCAAACCAGCCUAAAAAGAAGCUUGCUCCUUGGAGACAUCAGAGGCUUGGGAAGGUGAAUUCUGAGUAUAAAGCAAAAUUUCUGAGCCCAGCUCAGUAUUUAUAUAAAGGUGGAGCUUGGACAUGUGCGAAGGAAAAUGUGCCAGAUCAGGGUUCUCUAAAUGCCAUGUGGUAUGCAGAGGUUAAAGAACUCCGAGAGAAGGCUGAGUUUUAUAGGAAACGAAUUCAGGGAACACAUUUUUCUCGGGACCACCUGAAUCAGAUUCUGUCUGAUAAAAACUGCUGUUGGGAUGUCUCCUCAACCACAAGCUCGGAGGGAACCAUUAGUAGCAAUAUCAAAGCCUUAGAUCUUGCAGGAGAUCCUACAAGUCAUAAGACUUUGCAGAAGUGUCCUGGUACAAAACCAGAAGAAAAAAGAGACAUCUUGGAAGAACAGCCCCAGAAAAAUACCAUGGAGGAAAUGGGCAUGUCAGAUGCUCCCACCAUGCCUGUUAGAAGGCGGCUGGCUUGGGACGCAGAGAAUACUGGUGAAGACAUAGAGAAACAGCCCAGCGGGGAGAAAGAACAGGAAGAGGAAAGGGGAAGAGACAAACAGGUAUAUAUGGGAGAGCCAGAGAAGAUGGAAGUGCACGAGGCAUCUAAGGCAGACAAGAUAAAAGAAGGGUCAGGUUCUUCUGUAUGCUCAGGAAAUGGAGGUAGGCUUCCUACUCCAAAGCUGAGAGAACUUGGUGGAAUCCAACGGACUCAUCAUGAUCUUACUACUCCAGCUGUUGGUGGAGCUGUUUUAGUGUCCCCAUCUAAAGUGAAGUCUCUAGUCCCAGAGCAGAGGAGAAAAAUGUCCUCUCAGGAUUGUUUAGAAACUUUGAAGAAUGAUUUUACUAAGAAAGGAAGUCGUGCUCUAUCCCUACUGACUUCUCCUGCUGCUGGUAUAAAAACAAUUGAUCCUCUGCCUUUGCGGGAAGAUUCUGAAACUAAUCUCCCUAAAUUUGCUGAGACAGCACUUCCGGUUUCAAAAACUCCAGAAUAUCCCACAAACACUCCCAGACAGUUGCCUUCUCCAAUGGGUGUUCCCUCCUACUGGCAUCCUGCUCGUCGAAUUCAGGGCUCCCUGAGAGAUCCAGAAUUUCAGCAUAAUGCGGGGAAAGCAAGGAUGGAUGAUUUCCAGUUACCUCAACAUGAAGGCUUUCAUGAUGAAGAUGAGGACAGAUUGUCUGAGAUUUCUGCUCGCUCUGCUGCGUCUAGCCUUCGGGCUUUUCAAACUCUGGCACGAGCUCAGAAAAGGAAGGAGAAUUUCUGGGGCAAAGCAUAAACCUUGUUUUUAUCUAGGGAACCACUGGCAUAAUUUUUCUUUAUUGCUCACUGUGUUUAGAUUUUUUGAGUAUCUGAAUUUUCUUCUGACAUUUCCAGCUUAAGUGAGUUGAUUUGUCAAUAUUCAUUUUACUUGGAAAAUUUUAACACGUGCUUAUACAAAUUUAGCUCUUAAAAAUUCUUUUACAUCAAUCCCAAAAUUUGAAGACAUAGAUUAUAUAGUUCUUCACAUGUUCUGUCAUUUGUGUUAGAUGUCAAGGAUUGCUGGUGAAUUAUGACUUUCACCCAUCCAGAGAAUAAGCUAAAGAAAUAAAGUGAAAAUUAAGAUUCCAGUAUGGAGUACACAUUCCCCUAAGAUUGGUUUUAUGUGUCUUUAUAAUUGUAGAUGUUGUAAAAUGAAUUUGUUGUCCUUUUAACUUUUGUUUUAGUGUUUCUAUAUGUGGUUGCAGUGUUAUUUAAGGUAAUUGUACUUUGAAAAUACCAGCUGUAUAUAUUUUUCUUAUUUAUAUGACAAAGUUUGCUGAGAGAAUAUGUAUAUUUUUGAUCUUUGUGUGUAUUCUAUUUGUAUAACAACUUUGGCUUACAUUUAAUAAUGUCUGGGUUUUGAAAAAUUAUUUGUAUAAUGGAGAAUUAUAACUUUGUAGACAUUUUGAAAUAAAAAUUGAUCAAGUGUGUUUGGCUUCUUCAGAAAGUUAAUACAUGGAAUGAACAACUAUCUUUUAGAAAUAUUCUACUUGUCACAGGUUAAUCAAAAGUUUGACUUCUUUCUCAGCUGUCUAAAUGUAAUGAAGCUGAAUCUAUAAUACAUUUUCACAAAUGUAGGAAAAUUUAGAAUUUUCAAAGCAGACUCAUUUUUUAAACAUUUAACACAGUUUUUUGAAUCUAUUACUCCACUUACUGGACAUGUUCAGUUGUCUUAUUUAUCUUAUAAAUCAUGAUAAAUUUAAGUUUCUAAAAAUGUGGAUUUUAUAAAAUCUUUACAAUAUUACAUAAAAAGUAUGAAAGACAAAAUAUACAGAAUAUUAAUGUCCAUUGGAUAGAAAACAGUCUGUUCUAAAGUGCUUAAUUUGGUCAAAAGUGCUUUUACAAUCGCUGGUUCACAGUAACUUAGUCUUAUAUUGUGAAGUUGUAAAGAAUUGUAGAUAUACAGAUUGCCAUCAUUACACUAACCUUUUAAAAUAAUUUGUUUAUAAAUAAGUUUAUCAAGGCAUUAAACAUGGAAUUAAAGCUUGGGCUUGGGAAUAGCUGGCUUUGAGAACAAAAAUUAGCUUUAUACAAAUGUUUUCUGAGGGCAUAAUAGUUGUAAUAUAAGUUUGGAACUUACUGUCCCUCUAGAAGCUUAAAGGCAUCAAUCAUUUCCUUCCUCCUUAAAUGUUGGUUGGUUUGGUUAUUUGGGACAAUUUUUAAUGGCUGACCACUAAUACAUAGUAAAGAAAGAGAUUAUAGCUAGAUUUCCGUGAACUGCAUAAUUUGUAGUCUAUGUUACAAAAAGUACAGACUGUAAUAUCUGAGUUUACCCAUUACAGUGAAUCAUGGCACAUGAACUUGAUCUGCCAGAUGUCAAUUAGAAUAGGAGGCUAUGAUUCUUCUGGAGCCAAUGUUGUGACCUUACUCUGUGUGAUGAUUUAGUUCUGCAGCAACCUACUGGCCACCUCUUGUCUUAAAACUACCCAGAGGACCAGGGGAGAGAAUAGUGUUGAGGGAUCAUUACUGUUCAUCUCUUAUACUAGAAGAGCAAUAUGAAUGAUAGGAAUUUGAGUUGGUGGGUAAAUAGUCUAAGUUAAAUGAGACCUGUCCCAUGAGUUGUGCUAGUAUUUAGGAGCUGAGAUCACUAAUUCAACUUUUAUCAGUUAUUAAGGCAAGUGUUGAUGUAUUACAAACUGAAAUUAUUAAGAAAAAUUAUAGCUUAAUAAGUGUGCACAGCUGUAUAUAUUUGUGAAGCCAACACCACAGUGAAGAUAUAUUUCUAUCACCCUUACAGGAUCCUCAUUUUCCUUAGCAGUCAAAUUUGUUCCAUCCCUUGUCCCCAAGGCAGUCACUAAUCUGUUUUCUGUUGAUAAUUUUAGUUUGGGAAAAAAUUUAUAUCAAUGAAAUCGUCUUUUAUAUCUGUCUUUUACUUAACAGUAUUUUUGAAAGUCAUUCAUGUUUUGGUGUACAUGUUCCCUUUUAAUUUAUUCUUCCCAGUGGUGGACUUUUAGAUUGUUUGCAAUUUGGAACUCUAAUGAAUAAAGCUGUUAAUUCCUAUUUCUAUGCAA